AAAGUAGACUAAUUGGCUAAACAGGGCAUGUGCGUUGCGCUGCAAGCCGGCUGUGAGUAAGAAGAGGGAGGAGGAGGAGGAGAAGAGCAGGAAGACAAGAGAGCUGGGAACAAGUGGUCAGAGUUAGUUUGAGACACUCCACGAGUUCACGAUGCGCCCUCUGACAGCUUCUCUGUGUUUUGAAAUGUUCGUCGUUUUGUUUCUGCUGCUUCCUUUUAUCCACGCCAACCGGAUUAUCAGAGACACAGCAGACCAGCAGAGCUCCACUGUCAAGGGGCUCGGGGUAAAGGAGCACUCGCAGAUUGUUGCCCAGCACAAUAGACUGCGCAGCUUUGUCAAACCCAUCGCAGCCAACAUGCAAAAAAUGGAGUGGAAUGAGAAGUUGGUGUUGCUUGCAGAGGAGAGAGCAGCAUCGUGUCACGGCGAUCUCCCGUCUCUGCACUCCUCACCUGUCAGUCACGUCGGCUGGAACACACACUUUUCUGUGCAUGGUGUCAACUCCUUUCAAGACGCCAUCGACUCUUGGUUUGAGGAAGGAAAAGAUUUUCUCUAUUUGAGUGGGCAGUGUGGAGAAAAUGCAACCUGUCAGCACUACACACAGAUGGUGUGGGCCACUUCAAGUCAGGUUGGCUGUGCCACUCAGCUUUGUCUGAAAGAUGGUGACCUCUGGGAGAUAUUUGUUUGCGCAUAUUUUCCUGGGGGUAACUGGGAGGUCAAUGGCCGGCUGGUGACACCCUAUAAGACCGGUUUGUACUGCUCUCUCUGCACCUCCUCCAUGUCUGGCUGCUUCAGACUGUGGGACCAUGUGGGUGGAUUAUGUGAGAUCCCAAAGAAUCCAUGUCGUAUGAGCUGUGGUCUGCAUGGCCAUCUCAACAUUUCAUCCUGCAAGUGCAAGUGUGACCCCGGCUUCACUGGACGCCUCUGCCAGGUGCGGUGCAGCAUGCAGUGUGUACACGGCCAUUUCAAAGAGGAACAAUGCUCUUGUCUAUGUGAUGUUGGCUAUGGUGGUGCUGAGUGUGCAGAGAAAGUGCAGUUUCCCUUCCAUAGCUGUGAUGUGAUGAUAGAUGGAGACUGCUUCAUCGUGUCUUCAGAAGCUGACACCUACUAUGGAGCUAAGAGUCACUGUCAGGGAGGAGGGGGUAUUCUUGCCCAAAUCCACAAUCAGAAGGUUCAGGACAUCCUGGCGUUUUUUCUCAGUCACCUGGAGACAAGCAACGAGGUCACAAACACUGACUUUGAGACAAGAAACUUCUGGAUUGGUUUGACAUACAAGCCUUUGAAAGACUCAUUUCGCUGGGACACAGGCGAGAUCCCCAGAUUCAGCAGCUUUGCCUUUGGGCAACCUGACAACCAAGGUUUUGGAAACUGCGUAGAGCUGCAGGCAUCGAGUGCUUUUAACUGGAACGACCAGCGCUGUAAAACACAGAACAGAUACAUCUGCCAGCAUGCUGCAGAGCACAUUGCCAAAUGGGAGGAUUUCAGGUGACCUGGAUUUAUCAGAGUAAUGAAACCAGAUGGGAGGUGUGUGUACCUGUUUGUUUAGACCAUAGACUGUAUAAACAAGGAUGACUCAACAGAUCCCCCAAAGUGAAGCCAAAAGUCUUACACCUGGUAUCUACUUCUGCAAUGACUGUCAUGAACACUUAUGUUUCGGAGUGUCCACACCACGGCACUCUCAAUGUACUUACAGGAAACCAUGGGGAAUUAAUCUGAGCGUAUUAUGUUUAAACUGGAGCUGAUAAAUGUUGAUCAGCAGUAGAUUAAUUGCAGUUGUUAUCAAUAAAAAAGAGAAGAGACGUCGGAGGAGGUGGAAUGUAUGGCCGCUGAUACCAAGUGGACCGAUCACAAGCCUUGCAGUCUGUGUCGUUUUGAUGCAUAGUUACUUUUUUGGUGUGGUGCAUGUCAGAUCACUACAUAGGUACAGCGCUACAUGAACCCACAGUGUAUGCUGUAGGUUCUCCAAAGCUGGCUGCAAUUGAGGUUGUAUCGGCUGCCUCCAUGUUAACAGAUGAAAAAUGGGUCAGACUUCCAAAUUCAAAUGCAUGUCAUACAUUUUUAUCAAUCAUGCUUUCUAUUGUUACAGCAAGCUCACAUCAUACUGAUUCAUGUUCCAGCGUUACUUUUUUCGGAGAGGCUUAGUCUUAAUUAGUUAUUUGAGGGGGAUGUGAUUUCAGGAUUGACAGCUCUAAACUAUUGACAAAUGCAGCUUUCAGGUUAGAGAAGGAAAAGUGAGAGAAAAUAUAAAAAACACUGAACACAAGAGGAACAGUAACCAUGAGUGUCCACUUCAAAUAUAUACUGUACUCCAAAUCUCUUACAGGCAUGCCAUGGCUCCAAAGUGUAUCAUGAGUAUAAAAUGUCAGCGCCCAUCAUAGUGAUAAUUUGGCUUCACUUUUCCACAGUGGGAGGAGAUUGAAUUGCUGUUGUCUGUACAGUCAAUGGUUUUGACUGUUCAUGUUUUAAUGUUAAAUGUGAAUAUUUAUCAUUAAAUGGAUGUAAGUAACUUGAA